GGCGGACACCGUCCCCUCCUCUCUGAUCCGACCUCUCGGACGAAAGACACCUGUUUGAGUGGUUUCUCGUCCCAACAGAUUGGGGUCCCGCCCUGUCAUGAUCCCUGUGGGUUUCCGGUGUGAAGGUCGUAGUUUGCCUGUCAACCGGUUACCACAGCGGCUCAAAUGGGCGAAAACAACCCAAAAAAAAAAAAAGACGAGUGCUAGCAGAUAAACACGGGCAUGGCGGCGCGUUCCUGAUUAGGGUCCCAUCCAUGCUCGCCUCGUGGCUGGCCCGGGAUUAUGGGACACAAGGGGCGAACCCGGAGAGUCGGGCAGGGAGGGAUGGUCCUUAAACGGCGCAAUAUUGCGGCAGCAGGCCGGGAUGUGGGUUGGGUGGGCAGUGGAUAGCUGACAACCCCCGGAAACGCUGACAUGCUCGCCGGCCAUCGAUGUAUAUACAUACAUACAUGCCCCAGAGAGCGCAUCGGUGUUGAGAAUCCUACACAUGCUGCCAACCUGGUUUCCAUUCCUUAUCACCGCUCACGCCGAACCGUAUAGGGACCCCAAGGCAGACGUCGAUGACCUGCCGGCGCCCACACAGUGCUUGCCCCAGCCAGCUCCUGUCGCUAUCUAUUAAUCUUUAGGACCAGUUUUUCUUUUCUUUUCUUUGCGUUUCUCUUCUUUAUUUAGUUCCACAAUCCUCUCUCCUUUUGCGAGGGACUUCAUCAAGCCACCACGGCGGGCAUCCCGAAGGCCUUCAAUGUCGGCGCCGCCAAACACCACCCUCGGCGCGGGGGGAGGCCGAGCGUACCGGCGAUGCGAUGAGGUCAGCGCCUUCUGCCCCGUCCAGCUGACGACGCUGGGCUACUAUCCCAACCGGGGCGCCAACUACUUCUUCGCCAUCGGCUUUGGGCUGUGCAUCAUCGUGGCGCUCGUGCUGGGGACGUGGAAGAAGACGUGGAGCUACAUGGCCUUCCUGACCGCCGGGUGCGCGCUGGAGCUUGCGGGCUACGGAGCCCGCGUCGCGCUGGCCGACAACCCAUGGAACAAGCACGCGUUCGAGACGCAGAUCUGCGCCAUCGUGCUCGGCCCGACCCUCAUCUGCAUCUCCAUCUACCUCACGCUCAAGCACGUCACGCUCGCCCUGGGGCCGUCCCUGUCGCGCGUGCCGCCGCGCGUGUACCCGCUCAUCUUCGUGCCGGCCGACGUGUCGUGCCUGCUGGUGCAGGCCGUCGGCGGCGCCCUGGCCGCCAGCGCGUCGGCGGGCGACGGCGUGCCGAACCUGGACCUCGUCAACGCGGGGAACCGCGCCAUCAUCGCCGGCAUCUGCCUGCAGGUCGUGGUGCUGGCCGCGUUCGGCAUCAUGUCGGCCGACUUCUACCUCCGCGUGCGGCGGCGGGUGGCCUCCGGGCAGGCCGACGCGGAAGCUGCGGCGCUUUGGCGCGACGGCAAGUUCCGCGCCUUCGCGGGCGCCGUGGCCGUGGCGUACGCGGCCGUCUUCGCGAGGUGCGUCUACCGCAUCGCCGAGAUGGCGGGCGGGUGGGGGAACCACAUCAUGCAGGACGAGGCGUCCUUCAUCGUGCUCGACAGCGUCAUGAUGCUCGUCGCCUCGGCCCUCCUGGCCGCCUUCGCGCCGGGCCUGCUCUUCCCCCAGAUGGCCGAGGCCAUGAACGCCAGACGGGACGAAGAGGCCAAGGCCAAGGAGGGCGCCGCCGCCGCCGCCGCCGCCGCCGCCGCCGACUCGGAGGUGAACACGGGGAAUGAAAGCCAAGACACAGAGAAGAGCGCGCCCCCGACCUCACAGGGGGAAGCCAAGGUGACUCCAUAGAUGAAGGCUUCAUAGCUUUGUUGGGGCGCUUUCUUGGGUGCAAUUUCAUGUUUGCCGGCUCACAACGGCCUCGUCCUUUCCAUUUUUAUUUUGAUCUUGGGCUAGAUUAUCAGACUUGUAGAGGCUUAGUCGUAUAUAGAUUGGCUCAGCAUACGAUGAGAACCUCAACGCGGCCAUCAUUUAGUAUUCUGUCGUGAUAGGGAAGCAAACUAGAGGAUAGGGUGGUAGACAUGAAUUCAACAUGGCGCGGAAGAUUCUCGUCGAUGGCUUCCUUCAGGAAGUGACAACAAGCAAUAUCCCGUGGGAAACGCCGCAACGGAGGCAUGACGAG